AUGCCGGAAGAUGAUUUUGAUCCUGAUUAUCGUGCUUGGCACCGUUGCACUCAACUGAUUUCAUCUUGGAUCUUCAACUCUGUUUCUCCGUCCAUUGCUCAAUCGGUCAUAUUCAUGGAAAACGCCAUUGAUAUUUGGAAUGAUCUUCACGAACGUUUUUCCCAAGGUGAUUUGAUUUGCAUUUCUGAAUUGAAACAAGAGAUUUACGCUUUGAAACAAGAAAAUCGCUCUGUAACUGAUUUAUACUCCGAUCUCAAGACUCUUUGGGAAGAAUUGGAAUUGUAUCUUCCAAUUGCCUCAUGUACUUGCCGUCAGCAUUGCACUUGUGAGGCUAUGUGUUAUAUCUUGCUCAUGGAACCUCUUCCUCCAAUCAACAAAGUUUUUUCUCUGGUAAUUCAACACGAACGUCAAGGUAAUUUCUCUGACGUUGAUGAUUCUAAGAUCUUGGUUAAUGCUGCAAAAUCUGGAAAAUUUUCUUCUGGUUCCGAAGCUUCUUCUCGCAAUUGUUCUUACGAUGGAAAGGGCAAUCAUGUUGUCGAAAAUUGCUUCAAAAAGAAUGGUGUUCCAACACACAUGAAGAAGUUUUCAUCUGCCAACAGUGCUGCAGUUGAGGGAAGCACUAAUGAUUCAAUUGCAGUCACUCCUCCAUCUAUCUCUCAAGAUCAGUGUGAUAGGCUCAUGUCACUCCUUCAGAAUUCAAACCUUACACCAAAUUCUAAAUCUGCAAGCUCCAAUCAGCUCAUCCCCCCUCAUUUAGAUUUGACACAAUAUCAAGGAAAAUGA